CAUCAUGAGUGAGAAACUGUUGCUGGUGUUUCUCCUGGUCCUUCUGAAGCUGCUGGGAACGGCGGAAUCCUGUAGCUGUUCAUCCACGUUAUGUAACUGCUACAACCAGAGCCUCACCAGCGUUCCACAGGACCUGCCGACAAACAUCACGAACUUGGACCUGGGAAUUAAUCUGUUGACAACUUUAAGUCAGUCUGAUUUCUCACGAUAUAGAAGCUUAGAAGAUUUAUAUCUCGAUAGAAAUAGCAUAUCUACCAUCAAUAGCCAAGCAUUCUAUUACUUAUCAAAUGUGACCAUAAUGUGGUUUAAUGAUAACCGAGUAGCAAUACUUAGAGCUGACAUGUUCACAGGGUUGGGAAACUUGCGGAGCCUGAUUCUUUUCUCUAAUGAUAUCAGUGAUAUUCAGGCUGGCACUUUUAGUCCGACACCUCGACUUAUAAGCUUGUCCCUGCAGAGCAACAAGUUAACACAUCUCAGAUCUGACAUGUUUACAGGGCUGGGAAACUUGCAGACCCUUUAUCUGUAUGAUAAUGGCAUCUCUAAUAUUCAGCCUGGGACUUUCGAUCCAACACCACAUCUCAAAUCCUUGUACCUGAAUCACAACCACAUUGCGACCAUCCCUUCAAAUUUACUGGGAAAUCUACUGCAGCUGGAUUCCCUCCAAUUGUCCAACAAUAACAUCACAUCGUUUCCAUUUGAAGGUUUGUCAAAAAUACAAACAAUCGGUACUCUAUACCUUGACAAUAACCAAAUGACGACCCUUCCAUCUGUAGCGUAUGACAUACUUUCGUCGAUCUUCCUUGUGAGAAUUCAGGACAACCCCUGGCAGUGUGACUGUAGGAUGUUUGACUUUAGGUUAAAGAUGACGGGAAUUUAUUCAUUUGAAUACCAGGUAAAUUGUUCCCAACCUGACCAACUCUAUGGACAGAUGCUUAAAGAUAUAAAUCCCGAGAAUCUGAUGUCCGGUUGUGAACAACCAACAAUUGAAAAGUUUGGAAGAGAUGAUAACAUGUUAUUGGUACAAGGAGAGACUCUCAGUUUAGUCUGUGAAGCUUCAGGAAUCCCUACACCAGAUAUCACAGUUACCCUCCCAUCAGGACUCAAUGCUACUGUUGAGUCAGGUGGGAGGGUGACUGUGGAUGUGAAUGGUACGAUCACUGUGAGAAAUACAACAGCAGCAGAUGCUGGUCUGUACGUCUGUACUGCAGAAAAUCCAGUCGGCUCCACGUUUGCCACCCUGAUUGUAGACCUACCCACGACUGGUUUGAGGCCAUCAAUGACAGCGAUCGUCUUCUCCCUACCUGUACUCAUUGGUGCUGUCUGUGGUUCCAUAGCCGGCACACUCCUCAUUGUUGUCACCAUUGCGGCAGUCUGGCGUAAGAGGAAAAACAAGACUUCCAAAGGUCCAGAUUUCAGCGUUGUGUAUAAGAAUACCAACACCGCAACAACUGCACUGUGACCGCUAUUGUUGUUAUCGUUAUUGGGUGGGCCGAUUACUCUCUCUUUGCAGCUAGCCAGGGGCUCACUAGCGAGGAGCUUACAAUAGGCGGGGCUAAAUCUAGGAUAAAUGCUAUGGCAAGGCAAAUUGAGGUCGUCAGUGGGGAUCUAUACAACAAAUAGAUAUAGUUUACUGCAAAUUUUUGCCCGUGGGCUAAUUGCAGUUAACAUGAGAAACUCAAACAGUGUAAAAACAUUAUCACAAGUGUCUACUCUAGUCUAAAACUAGUAAAAGCUAACUCUAGAGCCUGGGUUAUUGGGUUCGAUUUCUUUUUCGGAGACAGUGGAAGACGAAAGAUCCCACGUUUAUUAUUAUGUGUGGGCUUUGUGAUGUUAGAAGGAGAAUUAAUUCUUUUUGUCAGUGAAUGUAAAGAAGUUUGGGUGGAAUUUGGUGGCCUCUUCAAACAGCUCUAUCCUUUCGUGAUUGUAGAAAGAUUAGUUUGACAUAAAAUGUGUUUCGUCUUCCACCACGUUUGACGUGCAUUGUUUGCAUGUUCUCUCACACACAGGUAGCUUCUUGUACCGCCCUCUCUCAAUUUCAAGAGGGUGGGCACUAAUUCAAAUUUUGCUGAUUGCCGAGUGUAGAUCAAAUUUAUCUAAUUAUAAGUAUUUUUCCAUAGUAUGUGCACACAUACUAUGGUGUCGUAUAAAACCUUAGCUUACCAGUACCAAUGCUCAAGUUAUGACGAGGCUGAGUUUGGAUAAACAUAUCAGAGAAAUAAUAGUUGCAAAGUAUCAAAUUGUUACUCUCUGGUUUAUGUUGUUUUGCUGUCUAAUAUUGCUCUUGUUGUCGUUGUUGUAGAAAUAUGAAUAAAGAUUAUGUUGACAAAACUGAAAGACAAACCCCUUCGGUUUUUAGUCAAUUACACAGCCGUUCAAUACAACUAAGCCAAAACUGACUACAUGUUUCCGGCUAGUAUCCGUACGUCUUUAUGCA